AUGGCCGAGUUAAAAGCCAUCCAACUAAAAUACGGGAAGGCACAAGAUGUUAUAGCUGGCAAGAAGCUCGUGGUGCUACCAGAUGCACUUUCGGAUCCUAGGCUCGAUGCGCUAUCAGACGCGGUGUUCACCGAUACGACGAGCGAUCUCUCCGAUUUUUCGUUGUCCAGAUCAACCACAUCUCAGCAGGCAAACAUGAGCUUUUCUGUGAUGAAUGCCGUCACUCAGAGUGCGACGGAUCCUCUGACGGACGAGAUAGAACAGAACAUUGAUCUCCAGUACUACGGCCCAGUUGGGUUUGGGGACGAGGCACAUACACAACAGCUCUCGGCAAUUAUGGAUACGGGCUCUUCAGACCUCUGGGUCCCUGUGCGCUGUGGCAAUUGCUUGAACAAGCAAUAUAAAGCUACUGCCAGCCCAACAUACACGGAUACUGGGACUCCGUUCAAUGUGACUUACGGAUCAGGCAAUGUAGCAGGCACCCUUGCGCAUGAUACAGUCAGUAUUGGUGAUUUGAGUAUCAACAAGCAAUACUUCGGUGCCGUCACUCACGUAUCGAGUGACUUCAACGAUGACCCGAUCUCCGGCCUUAUCGGGCUUGCUUUCAGCUCCAUCGCGACAUCAGGGAAGACGACAUUCUUCGAGAACCUGAUCAUGCAGGACAAGGUCGGAGCACCAUUCUUCUCUGUGCAUUUGACAAGAGGAAAGGCGAGCGGGUCGAAGAUAACUCUGGGUGAUUACGAUACGACCAUGGCAAUGGGACCUCUAACAUGGGUCCCGGUCAUUUCCAAGACUUAUUGGACAGUACAUUUUGACGGAGCUAAUGUUGAAGGGAACUACGUGUCUUGUGACCUCCAUGCGGCAAUCGAUACAGGUACUACUUUGAUAUACGUCUCACAGGCAUUUGCAACCUCGAUCUACGCCAGUAUACCCGGGGCUGGCCCCGCAACAAACUACGACUCUAAUUUCUUCUCUUUUCCUUGUGACUCAAACACCACGAUUUCAUUCUCGCUUGGUGGGCACGACUUCGGCCUUAACAUGCAGGACUUUAAUCUUGGACAAGAUGGGGACGGGUCAAAAAACUGCAUCGGCGGGAUCGUCGGGAUUGGUGAUACAUUCAUGGAAGGAUUUGCCAUCAUCGGGGAUGAGUUUUUGAAAUCAUGGUACUCGGUGUAUGACUACUCGCACGGGGCGCGGGUGGGUUUCGCGCCAAGCAUCAAUAAUGCGCAGUAG